UGGAAAUAUAUUAAUAUUAGUAGAAAAAUUAUAAGUCUAAGUUCUUAUUGAGUGUUGAGGACAAAUGUUGUGAAGGUGCACUCAUGCAAAACAGGUAGAAGAUCCAUUACAAACUAACGGGAACUCCCUUUGGUCCAGUGGUUUCCAACCAAACAUCUGUACUAUACGGGAGAACCUGAUUAAUGUACAGUGGACCGUAUUUGGAAACAAACAGAAGACGCGGUUGCUAGCCUUACAAGUAGAAGAAAGGGUAAUUACGUUUGAGUCGCAUAGUGGGACUGUGAGUCGCUUUGCCCUAUCGUCUCAGUGUAUUCCGGUAAAGACUGGCCUUCUUGAGGUUGAGGAUUUGAAGGGCCAUUGGUUCCUGCGCCUGAUAAUUGCUGUUUUCUAUAGUGCUUUUCCUUUUCUUUCCUUGGUACUAAGUCUGAAGAAACGUCUUGGAUUUGCAAAUUAAUAAAAGAUAUCAACCAUACAAUAUAGCUAACAGAAUGGAACCAUGCGACUAGAUCUGGUUUGUUAUGGUAAUUCAAGGUUACUGACAGCACUCCGCUGAGAAAAAAUAUGAGAAAAAGACAGCAAAUAUGCAGAAACAUUUUAAAAUUCCAACUUGUUAUUUCUUGGUUGACUUUCUCGUAAGAAUCAUCUUCAGGUUGCCGAUAAUCGUACACAACUCUUGGUUGAAACAUGUUGAAUCCGCUGCUUUAAAAUUGAGGAUGGUUCUUUGAGGACGAUUCACUGUGAAUUUGGAAGGGAAGGAAAGAGGAUGGUAUUCGACGUCAGUCGGAAGGGAGAAGAUGGAUGGUAUUGAAACCAGCUACUCCCAUUCAAAUUCACCACCUUUUUUUUUCAGAAUCUUAAGAAUGAGUCAACCCGAAGAGAAUUUUGAGGAAACUGCUCCUUUAACGUCUGACGUUGCUCUUAAUCCUGAAGAGGAAUCAAGCAGGUGUCUUUGGCAACAACUAGAAAGAAAAAAAAGUGAUUUAAAAGUCUGUUCAUUGUUUUUCAUUGUGCCGUAUUCUAUAUAUUUUUGCAUUUUGUUUUGUGUUUACCUUUGUAACUUUUUGUCAACUGCAUACGCCAAAUAUGGCGAAACAGGGACAUCUAUAUACGGCUAUACAUAUACCUUAGGUAUAAAUGAAAGAAAAAUCAUUGAAGACAUUGCUCAUUUUCUUACACUUAUUCCUUGCUUGAUAUUUGGUCUUGCCUGCUUGGUUUUGAUUUUAAUUUACCUUCGACGUGUUGUUGUCAAGGUUGAAGUCAAUUCAAUUCCGAUGGAAAACUUGUCAAGAAAAGGAAAUUUGACGAAAAGGUAGCGUUACAAACGUUCGAAGUAUGACCCAAUCGACUGGCUCUUGCAGAAAUUCAAAUGUUUUCUUAAGAUGCCUGUUUGAGUUUCCUUUCAGGAAUUGAAUAUUUACAAGUAGAGUAGAGGUUCUACGGAAAUUGGAGCAAGUUCUAUCUGACAAGCGAAGCGACCUGCCUGUUGAAGACGAAUGAUUAUGAAAAUAUAUGGAGCAUCUUGUUCAACACAAUUAACAGAAGCAAUCACUACCCUUAAGAUGAUUGAUUAAAUUGUGGAUAUUGACAAAGUUGCAGUACCUAGUAUAUCUCUAAUUAAUUAUAAUUUAUAAUGUUCAUAUUUUUAAAGCGAAACCGACAAUUCUGUAUCGCAUUAUUAUGCACAUUCUUGCAAAGUUACAGGUUCUAUUGAUUUGAUGGAUAUAAAGAAACUACUUUAUUUAAUCAUGUCCUAAAUACAAAGUCAAAUCUCUUGAAUUCAUUUUUAUAUAAGCUUUUUUUUCAUUUCACUACCUGGUAUAAAAUCGAUCGAAUUCUACUUGUUUUGUUUAUUACUCGCGUCAUAAUAUAAUAAAGAUCGCU